CCGCAGAGCUGGCGCGGGCCGAUGACGUAGACCGCGCGCGCCGGUGACGUCAGAGGGCCAUGGCGGCGGCGGCGCUGGAAGCCUGGCAGGCGGUGUCUCCGCGGAGAAGGCGCUCAGCGGCGCGGCGUCCGAGGCGGAGGGAGGCAGCGGCGGCGGCCGGGGCCCCGGGAGCCGAGCCCGAGGUGGACGGCGGAGCAGUGCUUCGUCGCAUCCGGGAGGCCGGGGAGGACCUGCUUAUCUCUGAUUUCUGGAGCUCAGCACUAGAAACCAUCAUCAAAUGUCUCCGGAAUUAUCUGGAACAACUGAAGGCCCCUGCGGGGACUCUCUCGGAAGCGCUUGGAAACCUGUAUCUGGACUCAUCACCAGGUGAGUCGGAUGUGGCCGCUGGCUCCCCCCAAGAAGAGACCCUGGUCACAGGAAGCUGUCAUCUGAAGUGCGUGUGUUACGGCCUUGGGAACUUUGCCACCUGCGUCAUAGCUAGGAACCAGCUAGCAUUUUUGCUUCUCCUCCUGGAGAAGUGUCAGAUUCCCAGAAGUCACUGCUGGGUGUAUGACCCUCUGUUCAGCCAGCUCGAAAUUGCAGUUCUGAACACCCUGGGUGUGACUGUGCUCAGUGAGAAUGAGGAAGGGAAACGGAGCGUGCGCGGCGAGCCCACCGUCUUCUACAUGCCGCACUGCGGGACGGCGCUGUACAACAACCUCUUGUGGAGGAACUGGGCAGCGGAUGCCCUUUCCAAGAUGGUUGUCAUCGGGAACAGCUUCAGAGGACUUGAGGAAAGAUUGUUGACAAGGAUUCUGCAGAAACAUUAUCCCUAUGUUGCAAAGGUUUUAGAAGGACUGGAGGAGCUUGAGUUUCCUCAGACUUCACAGUACAUGGACAUAUUUAAUGACACUGCCGUCCACUGGUUUCCUGUACAGAAGCUAAUACAACUCCCCACGGACACCUGGGUUUCUCGGGAAGAACCAGAUUACCAGGACUGUGAGGAUCUCGAAAUCAUCAGGAACAAGACAGAAGGGCCUUGAGCCUCGUAAGUGAGCUUGCUGUAGUGUGUGUGUGUGUGUGUGUUGUUGGCCAAGGCAGGAGCAGCUGUCCGGAAGACUCCAGGGAAGGUGGCUGUGGAGGGACCCCCCCCCAUCUCAGAGAGAGCAGGAGAGACGUCAGCUGGGACUAGGCUCCCCUCCCACGUGGAGGAGACGCUGCAGGAGGGCUUGGUGUAAGACUUACACACCUUUAGUGCGUGGGGCCUCUCUCCUGAACAGACAGACACCUUUUUCAAAGACUAUUUUAAAAUGUCGUUUAUUCAUAAAUAUGUCCCUGUCGGGUGUGACUACCCGGCCGCGGUCUACUUGGCCAUGUCGAUGAGGCUCUGCAGGGAGGUGGGCACCCAGGUCUUCUCCCCCUGCACGAACACCACGCCCCGGUCGAUGUAGAUGACGAUGCGGCCGAAGGUGUAGAGCUGCUUCCCUUCGUGCCGCUUCCCGAUGACAGGCAUGAACACGAUGUUGUGCUCCUCGGCCUUGGUCUCGAUGAGGUCUUUAAAGUUCAUGGGCACAGAGCUGGCGGCCACGCCGAUGCCGCGCUGGGCCAUGUUCUCGGCCUCCCGCCGCUCCUGCAUGGCCUCGUACUGGAAGUCCUUCCUCCGCUCCGUGUGGGUGAGGUAGGCAAUGUUCUCCCGCGCUCCGGGCUGCAUGUAGGCACCUGGGUUUAAAGGAGGGAGGGUGAGGACAGGCGUUCCACCAGGACAGAAGUGACUCACAGAAGGGCAGCUGUGUCUCAAAGUGUCAGCAAGGCACUCAGCCCUUCACUCAGCAAGCGGAGAAUGGCGUAAGUGGUUGCGUUCCUACCCCUACCCUUUCAAAAGACAGCUUUUAGGGGCUGCGGGCUAUAGCGCAGUGGCAGAGUGUCAGCUUGGUGUGCAUGAGGUCCUGGGUUCCAUUCCCAGUGCCUCUGUUAGGGGAAAAAAAGCAGCUUUUAGAACCUUGAAAACAUAUGUCUUGUACUAGUGAUGCUUUUAACUUACCCACACAGGUCCCCCACCCUGGAAGAAUUGUAAAUGUAUCCGGGGAGCUGAGACACAGAUGUUGAAGGGUAAUACAGGACUGCAAAGGCCCAGGGUUAGCUGGGGGGUACGUACAGAUAAGAAGUUCUGGGAGCCUAGGGGCUGAGGAGGAACGUCUAGAGUAUGAAAACAGAGAUGGCCCUGGAGGGACCUGGGUGAGCAGAGCACAGACUCUGGGUAACUCCGCUCCAUGCAGUAGGCAGGAGAUAGAAAUUAUAGACCCGGCCGCUCUGUAGCUGCGUGAGCUUAUACUCCAGUGGCCUCUGCGUUGAGACGUGAGUCGGCUCCCAGACUCCUGAUGGAGGCCGAGUGACUUCCCUAGAACUGAGCAGCUUUAGGAACAGCCAGUAAUUGAACAGCUGACACACCAGAGACACCACCUAGGGGUGCUGUCCACAAACGGUAACAAACAGUCCUCGGUUCUUAAUAAAGCCUAGAAGUGGAUACCGUUUGACAGGUAAAUGGGCUGAGAGAGGUUAAGCAACUACUAUUAAGAGUUAGACUGCCUGCCUGACUUCACGGCCUGAGCCGUUUACUUGAGCAGCCUCCCCAGCGCAGGCUGAGCAGACGCACGAGCGCCACGCCGCACAGCGGUUAUGAAGGGGGGACGCGGAGGUAAACGCACACGCGUGAACCCAGCCUGAGCCCCUCCCAGCACGGGAGGGUGGGCUUCACUCAGGCAGCCCCCAGGUAGCUGAAAACUCAUUCUGUGUCUUUUGUGUGUAAAUACAGAGCUCCGGGCCAGGACUUCCAAAAUGGAAUCCCUACUCACCAACAUUGGAGGACACGGCCCUGUUCAUGAUGUCAAGUGCUUCGUUAAAUUUGUCCUUGACUGAUGGGUGUGCCAGCACUUGGUCUGAAAACAUGGACUUCCAACCCAAGUACCACUUGGUGAUCUCCUCGUAAUUCGGGCUGUUACUGAGCCAGGAGCACAGCACCUGCCACAAAGGAACAAGUAAGACUCUUGUGUCCACAGUGGCCGCAAACGGAAGCAAAACUUCCGAAGGGGCCAUUCGUUUUGUUUGGUAGCCAAAUACUCUUGCCUGUAAGCUCAGCCUACACUGUUGGUAAAGCACAGUCCCCAGCCCAGGGGGCUGCUGUGAGGAGGGGAGAGAAUGCGAAGCGCUCAGGACAGCGCGUGGUGAACCUUCAGUAAGUGGUGGCGGCUGUUCCUGCUGCACUCACUCCUGCUCCACUGUGUAGUGACUACGGCGCUCCCACCGACGGUUAUCCAAGGAGGGAGCGCCCACGGUCAGACCCGCACCCCCAGCACCGUAAACAAAGCGUACCUGAAGCCACUUGGGGAAGAAGUGCUUUUCCAGAAGCCCCACCAGGCUGGAGACAGAGAUCAUCCCUUCCCAGUCGAUAACCCAAUAAAAGGCAUCCAUGUGCUGCUGGUGGGGGUUGAUGACUAGCUCCCCAAGGCACAUCCCUGGAAGAGAAACCCAGUCCGUAUAAGGCAAAGCCACAGAAGCACAAAGAGCAAUGUCAGCCCUUGAUCUGCUUUUAGAGAACAAUUUUAAGCUCUUGCUAGAUUGUUUUCUUAGUAGGGAGGGGAUGGCUGAGUGGUAGAGUGCAUGCUUAGCACGCACGAGGUCCUGGGUUAUUCCCCAGUACCUCCAUGUAAAUAAACCCCCUCCCCAAAAAUAAAAUUAAAAAAAAAUCAUUUUCUUUAACCCAGAGUUAAUUCUGUGUUUAGAAUAGAUUCUAUAUAUACCACAAAAAUUUCAGAAGACCUAUGGCUAUCACUACCAGAAGCCCCAACUGGGCCAGUCAGGAGACAUGCUGAGUGUGAUGAAGGAACAGCAGGAAGGACCCUGGUUCCAUUUAUAUUCAGCCUCUGCACAAAACAGCAUCCCUUCUACGCUGAGAAACAUCAUGAGCUCGAAGGCCAUGUUUUAAGAAGCAUGGUGAUUACUGCUGGUCUCAGAAGCCAGAGCACCAGAGUGGCAGGCUUGGGCGUGUCCCCUCCUCCUUACCCAGCUUGGGCACUAUGUUCUUGACCAUGAAUGCUUCCCAGGAGCCGGGGGUGAAGACGUCUUUCCAGGGCUGGAGGAUGAGCUUGGCUGAGGAGUCGCUGGGAUGCCACUUCUGCAGGGCGCUGGACAGCUUGCUGCGGAUGGGGGAGUACAGUGGCUCCAGGCGUGCCUGCAUGAGCGGGAGCCACGGGUGGAUCCAGGAGUGGAUGGGGACGGUGUCUGUCAGCGGGUUCCAGUUCUCCACCUGCGGGUGGGGCAGGGUCACACGAUGCCCUGCUCCCCUGGCCGCGGUCUACAGCCCUUCGCACGUGUCCGGGACACAGUCUCCAUUUUAUGGAGGGACCCGUUCAGUACAGAGAGGGGGCCAAGGUGCUCUGUUAGCAUCUUGCACUAUGUUUCCCCAAACAGGGAAACUGACCCACAAACAAAUACACCCGUGCAAUCAUAUUACAUUUCAGACAUGGCACAAUCCUAAUUUCAUUCAAGAAAUGGAGUAAAUGAAUUCCCUGCUAAGGGGAGGUUUGGGGGAAAGUGCUGAGCAACGGGCUAGAGUUAACAUUACAGAACAACACUGGUAAUUCCGGGCGUUUUAACAGCACGGAGAGAAGCGCUGACAAGCCCCCAAGUUUCCCACAGCUGCCCUACCUCCUUCUGCAGCUUGGGGAAGAUGAGCUGGUCCAGUAUGUUGUCCAAGAUCCACACGGGAAUAAUGUGCACCCAGCUAUCCAGGAAGUCCACCAUCGGGUCACAGUUCCUCGGCUGCCACUGAGUGACGAUACUUCUGACAAAAGGCAUCCAGACUUCCCAUAUCAACCUGUGGAGAGGCGGGGCGGCGGGCUGCACUGACUGGGCUGCACGGACACGCGGGACCCACCGCCCACCUCCAGAGCAGUAAGCAGGAACAAGGCGGUGGCACAGCGACCCGGCCACAGAGCCAACGGAGCAGCCCAUGUGGCGGCCUGACGCGCGCCUGCCCCUCCCCGCCUCCGGGCCGCCCACGCCACUCCAGGCCGUCUCCUCGGUAGGACCAGCCUCUCUGGCUCGGCUGCUGGUGGGUCACCAGGGCCCCUCCAGAUGCCACGUGCUUUCCUGCCUGGAGCGCGCUCUGCACAGCUGAUGCCCCUCAUGCUUUCACAGCUUAAACAUCACCUCCUCUGAGAGACCUCCACCUCAAUUCCAUCCCCGCCAACCCCACCCAAGUGCGCACCCUCUUCACUCUCCCUGGCUGCACUCAGUCUGCAGCCGGGUUUACCCAUCCACUUUCUUGGUUACCACCUGCCUUUCCCACUUCCUGCAGACACGCGUCUGCUGUACCCCCGGGCCAGCCAGCACAGGCAGCAUCCUCCAGAUGCUCCACGAAUGCAGGGUGAACGAGAGCGUGAACCCAAGUUCCCGGAGCAGCCCCGCUCGGACUACCUGUGAAAGGCGUCUGUGGAGAGGUCCUGCCCGCCGUGCGACAGGAGCUGGUCGUUCUCCAGGAGGCUCUUCCACUUGGAGAUGAUCUCGGUGCCGUAAGUACAGUCCUGAGGAGAGACACGGCAGCUGAGAGCCCGCGGGCUAACGGCCCCAUGCCCUCCGGAGCCCCAGAGGAGAGGCGGGGCGAGCGCUCACCUUGAGGGGGUCCCACUCCUUGAAGUACUCCUUCAUGAGCGGGUAGACGAUGGCCACGGCCAGGUCCACACGGUCGGACAUCCUGUACUCCUCGUAGUACUUGUCCUGCAGCGUCUCAAAGACGCGGGCGCACUCGUCCAGGGUCAGGGGGUUGCUGCAGUUGGGCUGCAGGCGCCGCUCGCACUCCUCCACCAUCUCCAGGACCCUGCUCAGGUUGGAGAUGACCCGCUCCUCGUGCUCCAGCACCUCCGACAUCUUCUCCAGCUCGUGGGACAGGUUGACCACCAUGUCCCGCUCGUACUGCAGCUGCCGGUCGUUCUGGAUGAUCUCCUGCUCCGUGAGGUCGAUGAGCAGCUGCAGGUUGUGCUCCAGCUCGGGCAGCGCGAAGCCGGGGGCCUUGGCGUCUUUGCCGGGCUGGGGCAGCGGCUGCGACUGCGGCGGGAGCCCGUCAUCGGGGACGUUGUGCUUGUGGCUGAUCUGGCUGUAGCUGUAGUAGACCUUCUGCUCCCGGCCCGUCAUGUCUAUGACCUUGGAGAAGGCGGCAGAGGGGGCGCGGGUUAACGCUCACCUCGGCGCCCUAGCAGACGCACACCGCGGCCCGGGGGAAGCACCGUGUAAAAGCCCACCGCUCAGCAGAGCUGGAGGAGGGUGGUGCUUCUCCCCGUGGGGCCUGGGCUGCACGAGAUCAGAAGGGGCUCCGCGGAAAGAACGAGCAGAUGCCACAAGCAGCUCUGGGCUGGAUCCCCCGGGACAAACCAGAUGGAGCAGAUGUCUCAGGAAAACUAAAACAAUCUGAACAUGGACGAUUCAGUUGAGAUGAAAAUCUGUUUUCAUGGAAGCGUAGAGGCUGUACUGACCAGAGCAGGUAGUAAAACAUGUAUAAUCACAACGUCCAGUGUUGGUUAAAAAAAACACACACACACACACUUAGACAAAGAUCUGGAAGGACGGACGUCAUGGGUGUUAAAACUGGUCAUUUACGGGGAGGAAAGCAGUAUUUAAUAUUUUUGCCUCUGUAUUCCCUAAUUGUCUAAGAUGUACUGCAUACAUUAGUACAGUUGUUUUAACUUAAUUUAAAAUUAAACAACUUUUUCAAUUUAAAAACAGCAUGAAACAUACAAAACCCACAAAGACAACCAGGAAAUGAACUAAUUUCACAUCGACCAUCACUUUUCAAGAGAGUGAGCCGUGAAACAGCUGCAUUAGAAUCUCCUGGGUCACAGUCAGCAUGAGUCCUCAGACCCAGUCCAGAUCUCCUGACCCAAAAUCUCCAGCUGUAACCUGGACAUCUGCAUUUCCUCCCAGGUCCCCAAAUAAUCUGAUACAGAACACCCUGUCCUUUGAGAACCCCACUCAAGACCGAGUUCUAUCUCACUCACACACACACACAGAAGCUCCUACACUGAACUACGACAGACACUGGCACCCUUGUUCUCUGGCUGCUUGGGACAGUAACGGAAAACCUCAGAGACUGUGCCCAUAACAGUGGCUGAAAAUCUAACCACCUUGAACUCAGUGUCACCACGCCCCGCACUUGGCGGGUGAGGACAACCUUCCCUCGGUUUAAGGGCCUUAAAGGCCCCCUGCUCUUUCACCUGGUGGCCGCGCUCUGGGACUCUGUCCCCCGCAGCUGUCUGGGACAGGCACAGGCUGCACACAGACCAGCCAGACCAGAGACAGUCAAGGUCUAGCAACAGAAUAGCAGGGACAGAAUUAAAUUCCCAGACAGCUGGGAGCACUGUUGGUUUCCCCGCUCCAGUGCCCCAAGGAGCACCUGGCGCAGGGUGGGGCCGACGAGACUGGCCGUGCAGGCAGUAAGUGGCCACAGGCCACUACUGCCCCAGAAAAACAGGACAAAGAAAGAUCCUAGAUGGCAGGCCCGCAGGGAACUCAUGAGCAAGUGUUCGGUGACUGACUGGUGUGUGAGCAACUUUCUGUACGUCUUCCAAGCCCUCGGCCUGGACCGGGCGUCCCAGGCCCCGUACCUUGACCUGAGACAGUUCCUUCUGGGGAGCAGUGAGCUUCUUGCUGAUCCUGCCCUUGGCCUUCAGCUCCUCCACUGUCUUGUAAGAGUACUUGGGCUUCUUCUUGCUUCCGCUGGGGUCCUUCCUCCACUGGCUCAGCUCCUUCUGAAAUUCCUGAAUCAGAGGGAUAUGGUCCAUCACGACAAGAAAGGCUACUUUUUUCAGCAGGUGGGGCUCCUGAGACCGUGACAGACACUCAGUAGCCACUGAGACGUUCACAGGGCUCUGUGCUAAGCCCUUUGCCUGUGCAGCACUAAGACCAUCGGGCGACGCUGCCUGACGCCCUGCCCUCCCCAUCUGACAAACACUGAGGCUCAGGCCCCAUCCCCACACACCAAGCCCCAUCUUCUCCCUCUGCUUCCUGGCACUGCCGCUCUCCUCGCUGCACUGUGGUGGUUCACUGCGUGCCUGUCCCCCAGGCUCAGCCUGUGCGCUGUGGACCACCAGCCUCUGGCACGGCAUCUCACACACAGUGUGCAGUCAGCCCAUGAGUGAACAAACACACCCACAAAUGAGACAGUCGAGGGCAGACAGCAGCGCCCCAUCUCCGGGCUCUCACCUCUUCAGCUUCUUCUUCCGAGUCAACCACGGGGAAAUCCUGCAGGGACUGAGUCGUGCGCUCCGAGCCGUACGCCCCCACCGCGCCUUUCCCCUUUCUCUGCUUGGCUUCGAUUGGGUUAAUGAUACCUGACCAAUUUCAGCAACAGAGAAAGGGACAUCAGAUCACAGCAGUUCUUCCAUGUGAAUGAGCCACGCAGGGAGACUGACCACACUUCCUCGGUCCUCACACAAAAUACCAGGCGGCCCGGGAAGGAGAGCUCUCCUCCACCCUCGCCAUCGCUGUUCCCCUCCUGUGUGACCUGAAGCUUCUGAGCGUCUAUGCUGCCACAGAACCGUGUGCUGACACCAGGUCACAUAUGUCCUCAAUACACGUUUCCAUUUCCCCUUGGAGUCAUUUUUUUGGUGGACAGUAAUAUUCAUUUAUAACUGGGAACUCUGCAUACUAGGGUCUAUGCUUUGCUCAUCUGGAAGCCUAUUAAUAUGGAAAAUGCAGGAAUUCAGAUGCUGUAAUGAGUCUGACCUAAGUGAGGUAAAGCUGCCAUUUAACAUGAAAUUCCAUGUGUUUUACUUAGUAGUUCAUGUCUCCUACGCUUUACUUGUUUUAUAACAUGGUUAAGCCUUGGAAAUAAAUGUUUCUCCUGUUAAGAGAGUUUACAAACAGGACUGCAUCAUUUCAGUGAAGAACUCCCCCGUCUCAGCCUCUGCACCCACCCCCUCCAGCUGGCACUGCUGGAGUCCCAGGUGAGAGCUGUCCCUCGUCCUAGCUCCAGGCCACCUUUUCCACCUUCACUCUAGUUCCUGGAGUUCUCACCAAUUUAUAAUCUGGGUCUGACCUUAAUAAUACUUAGGGACUGGACUGUGGAUUAUAGAGAAUAGUACUGAGGACAUGCACUUGGUGACCGCUCAUGGGAAGGAAGUCACACAGAGGGAACACAAGUUUCCUGCAGGAAGAAUCUAACUGCUUGGUCUGAUUCUUGGAGACUGGCCUCAAGGAGAUAAGAAUGAAGGAGGUGCUGUCCUGCCGGAGCAGGGGGUGGAAAGACAAGAGGAGACAGAGCUGCGGAGGGGCAGGGGGCACCCAAUGCCAGAUCUGCCCAGCCACGCCUACAGCCACACCUCUCCAGCUGUGAAAAAAGUCAUACCCGAUGUUUUAUGGAUAUUCCUGAAGGACAGGAAACUUUUUGCAAAGCUUCAACCCUUGUGAGCAGGGACCACAAACUCACAUGCCUUCAGGGUGCAGGAAAAUUACUGUGAAGAGUACAGUGUGGGUUGGGGUGAAGACAACAUGGGAACGUGGAGACGCGUCCGAGAGGAGGACAUGGGUACUGACCCGGGCAGUGAGGAUUCAGCUAAACCAUCACUGCCGGGCAAGUCUAAAAUUUAGCUGAAAUUGUCUGAUUUUUUUUUUUUUUAAGUAUUAGCGACCAAUUUGAUUUUGUGAAAACACUGGGCAGGCCAGAAAGCCCGUCUUCAGCCUAUCAGCCUGCCACCUGUUUAGACCCUAACCUCUCCCUCCUGCUGAAAUAAGUAUUUUAUGUAACCUGAGUUUCGAUCAAGUGAGGUGGCUCAGGAGCACAGCUGUCCUGCGCGGGCAGACCAGGCUGCAGAGUCACGGGACUCCGAAAAGCAAAAAAGCAUAGAAAAGCCAACCACCCCCUAACUGCUCUUCUCCCCUCUGCCUGGCCACCCCCACAUGAUGACGGGGCGCUGGUGCCACACCUUGUGCGUUCUUCCCCAGGCCCCUUCCAGGGACGUAGCCCAUCUUCUGAAGAAGCUUCUGUCCAAUUCCUUUCGUGUGUCUUUCCCAGCUGCCAAAAUCCAUGAAAGACUUAGUUCCUCCUGCAAAACCUUUCUGGCUGGGUUUAAAAUUGCCACCCUGAGAAGAAGAAAAAUCAAAGUUUAGUUGAUGGAAAAAAAAAAAAAAAGGAAAAUCUAAAAAAGACAGCUUGGCUGAUAGGAACACGGCCUAGAGUCACAUGGUGAUGUGAGCAGCAUCAUACAAGCCAACAUCUCUGUGACACGUGUUAGGAAGAGACUCCACUGCACACUUCCCUCCUCAGGGAAGCCUGCCACCACAGGGAGAGGCCCGCACAACUGGCUUCCAGCCCAGCCCCCUACUUGCCAGCAGGUGCCUGAGCCACAAUGACCUUCCAAGGAUAUUACUAAGGCCACAUUCCUUCAAUAAAGAUGCUACCGUUUUUAACUUCUUUGGUCCAAAAUCCUUAGGAAAUUCAUCCUGCUUGACAGGCUUCUCUUCAUCAUCAGAAUCUUCCAACUCUGCCUCCUCUGCUGCCCCUUUCUUGAGCCCCGCGCUGAUGAAGUUGACUGGCGCCGAGUAGUCGCGGGCCCUGCAGGCAAACACAAGGCCCCAGGGGACCCGUAAGAACUCUUCUGCAGCCACCCCCUGUCCAGAGAACUUCUCAGAAGGGACCUUGUGGGAACUGUUUUAAAAGCAACACUUUUAGGGGAGGGUAUACAGCUCAGUGGUAGAGUGCACACUUAGCAUGCACGAGGUCCUGGGUUCAAUCCCCAGUACCUCCCUUAGAAUAAAAUAAACCUCAUUAUCUCCCUCCCCCCCAAAAAAUAAAAUAAAAGGAUCGUCUCAGUCUCUUUAAAAUUAAAAGAUAACUAAAUUUUUUGAUGUAUCUUUUAAAAAAAAAAAAAAAGGGCAACACAUUUAGUUAUAUAAAAAGGUCCCCAGACCUGGCUCUAAGCACAUUGGGCAUUUUUACCUGAUGGGUUCAAGUCAACUCUCUAUGGCUCAAGAGACCCAUCAGUGUAAAGUUGACUAAAAAUUCUAAAUAUGAUGUGACUAUCCAACUUUCCUUUCACAUUAAAAAAAAUUAACUUACUUUAAAAAGUAAGUGUUUCAAACACUCAAGUACAAAAACCAAAUAAAGACAUUGUGAUGGGGGAGGUGAGGAGAUGGCAGACUAGAGACAGCUUGCCCCUUCCCACAAACACACCAAGAAUUACAUCUACAAACCCAUGGAAGUGCACAGAACACCUAUUGAACUGUGGAAGUGUCUCUCACUUUGAAAUACAGGAGGAAUCUCAUAAAAUACAGUAAGACAAAAAAAGAAAAUGAAAACUGGUGUGGGACCGGUCCUGCGGGGAGGGAGCACACCCUCAAGCUGGGACUCCCCCCUCCAGCUGGGAGGUCAGCAGGAACAGAAGAGGAGCUUCUGAGGCUCGGAGAACACGGCAGCUGCUUGGGAUACAGAACUAAGAGAAACUGGCACGAAAUCAGUUUCCAAACUGGGUUCCCUGCAAUCCCCAGCCCUAGACGCAAGCCAGCAGGGACAAUAUGGGACUGGCUCCUAGAGAUUGGUGAUGAGCCCGGGGAGAGGGCUGGGGUCCACUGCAAAGAGGCAGCUUCAGGGGACUGGAGGGCAGUGUGAGCUCUGGCUAGGGGUAUGUGCAGAAGACAGCAGCCUGGGACCCCCAUAAAAAAGCACCACUGUUGGUCAGUGGUGGGGGGCACAACGCAGCCAUGCCAUAGCCACUGUCUCCACUUGACUCCAAUGUAAGAAAAGAGGUGGGCACAACCACAUGAAAUUUAUGGGAUGCAGCAAAAGCAGUCCUAAGAGGGAAGUUCAUAGUGAUAUAGGCCUUCUUCAAAAAAAGAAAAACAAUCUCAAGUAAACAACCUAAAAGAAUUAGAAAAAGGAAAGCAAACAAAACCAAAAGUCAGCAGAAGGAAGGAAAAAUAAAGAUCAGGGAGGAAAUAAAUAAAGUAGAGAUUAAAAAGAAAACAACAGAAAAAAAAUCAAUCAAACCAAGAGCUGGCUUUUGAAAGAUUAAAUAAAACUGACAACUCUCUGGCCAGGCUCACCAAGAAGACAGAAAACACAAAAUAAGAAAGGAAAAUGGAGAAAUUACAAGCACAGAAAUACAAAAAAACUAUAAGACAAUACUAUGAACAACUAUAUGGAAACAAAUUGGACAACCUAAAAGAAAUAGACAAGUUUCUGGAAACAUACCGUCCACCAAGACUGAAUCAAGAAGAAACAGACCACUUACACAGACUGAUCACUAGAAAUGAAAUAGAAUCAGCAAUGAAAAAAAAAACUCCCUGCAAACAAAAGUCCAGAACUAGAUGGCUUCACUGGGGAAUUCUACCAAACAUACAAAAAGAACUCAUACCAGUCCUUAAACUUUUCCAAAAGACUGAAAUACUCCCAAACUCAUUUAUGAAGCCACCAUCACCCUGACACCAAAACCAGACAAAGACACUACCAAAAAAGAAAAUUACAGGCAAUAGCACUGAUGAACAUAGAUGCAAAAAUCCUCAACAAAAUAUUAGCAAACAGAAUCCAACAGCACAUAAAAAAGAUUGUACACUGUGAUCAAGUUGGAUUCAUCCCAGGGACAAAAGGAUGGUUCAACAUACGCAAAUCAAUCAACAUGAUACACCACAUCAACAAGAGAAUCACAUGAUCAUCUCAAUAGAAGCAGAAAAAGCAUUUGAUAAAAUUCAACACCGAUUUAUGAUAAAAACUCUUACCAAAGUGGGUAUAGAGGGAACAUAUCUCAACAUAAUAAAAGCUAUGACAAACCCACAGCCAACGUAACACUCAAUGGUGAAAAACUGAAAUCUUCCCACUAAAAUCUGGAACAAGACAAGGAAGCCGACUCUCACCACUUCUAUUCAACGUAGUUUCUGAAGUCCUAGGCACAGCAAUCAAGCAAGAAAAAGAAAAGGGCUCCAGACUGGAAGAGAAGAGGUGAAAUUCUCACUAUAUGCAGAUGACAUACUAUAUGUAGAAAACCCUAAAAGCUCCACACAAAACUACUAGAGCUGAUAAAAGAACUGAAUUCAGCAAGGUAGCAGGAUGCAAGAUUAACAUGCAAAAAUCAGUUGCAUUUCUUUACACUAACAAUGAGUUAGCAGGAAAACAAAGUAAAGGGACAAUCCCUUUUAAAAUCACAUCCAAAACAAUAAAAUACUGAGGAAUAAAUCUGACUAAAGAGGUGAAAGACUUAUACAUGGAGAACUACAAAACAGUGACUAAGCAAAUUAAAGCUGACUUAAAGAAAUGGAAAGAUAUCCCAUGCUCUUGGGUUGGAAGAAUCAAUAUUGCUCAAAUGGCCAUACUACCCAAGGCAAUCUACAGAUUUAAUGUGAUCCCUAUCAAAUUACCAAGGAGAUUUUUCACAGAACCAGAACAAAUAAUUUUAGGAUUAAUUCUGAAAGACCCAGAAUUGCCAAAGCAAUAUAGAAGAAAAAGAAUGAAGCUGAAGGAAUAACCCUCCCAGACUUCAGACAAUACUACAGAGGUACAGUAAUCAAAACAGUGUGGUAUUGGCAUAAAAACAGACAUAUGGAUCAAUGGAACAGAAUAGAGGCCAGAAAUAAACCCACAGACUUUUGGUCAAUUAACCUUCAACAAAGGAGGCAAGAAUAUACAAUGGAGAAAAGACAGUCUCUUCAGCAAGUAGUGUUGGGAAAACUGGACAGCUGCAUGUAAAUUAGUGAUGUAUUCAAACUCACACCAUUCACAAACAUAAACUCAAAAUGGCUUAAAGACUUAAACAUAAGAUACUAUAAACCUCUUGGAAGAAAACACAGGCAAAACAUUCUCUGACAUAAAUCUUAGCAAUGUUCUCCUAGGGCAGUCUACCCAGGCAAUAGAAAUAUAAGCAAAAACAAAUGGGACCUAAUUAAACUUACAAGCUUUUGCACAGCAAAGGAAACCAUAAGCAAAACAAAAUGACAGCCUACAGAAUGGGAGAAAAUAUUUGCAAAUGAUGCAACUGACAAAAGGUUAAUUUUCAGAAUAUAUAAAUAGUUCAUACAACUUAAUAACAACAAAAACAAAAAAUAAAUAACCAAAUACCAAAAUGGCCAGAAGACCUAAACAAGCAAUUCUGCAAUGACAUAUAAAUGGCCAAUAGGCACAUGAAGAAAUGCUCAAUAUCACUAAUUAUCAGAGAAAUGCAAAUCAAAACUACAAUGAGGUAUCACCUCACCUCGGUCAGAAUGGCCAUCAUUCAAAAGUCCACAAACAAAUGCUGGAGAGGCUAUGGAGAAAUGGGAACCCUCCUACACUGCUAGUGGGAACGUAGUUUGGUGCAACCAUUAUGGAAAACAGUAUGGAGAUUCCUCAAAACACUAAAAAUAUGAUCUCACCAUAUGAUCCAGCAAUCCCACUCCUGGGCAUAUAUCCAGGGGGGACUCUAAUUCAAAAAGAUACAUACACCCCAAUGUUCACAGCAGCACUAUUUACAAUAGCCAAGACAUGGAAGCAACCUAAGUGUCCAUCAACAGAUAACUGGAUAAAGUUGUGGUAUAUUUAUAUAAUGGAAUACUACUCAGCCAUAAAAAAGAAUAAAAUAAUGCCAUUUGCAGCAACAUAGAGUGACAAUCUCCAGGUCCAUCUAAGUGAAGUAAGCCAGAAUGAGAAAGAAAAAUACCGUAUGAUAUCACUUAUAUGUGGAAUCUUAAAAAAAAAAAAAAAAGACAAA